AUCAGACUCAGGAAUCGAAAGAUGGCGAAAUUCAUCGUGCUUCUCGCAGUUCUGGCCAUUAGCUUCCAAGCUCUGGCAAAGCCGACGUCCAAUACCGAAAAUGACUCUAAUUAUACCAGUCAAAACAACGAUGAGUACCAUGGUUCUCCGGCAACGGCCGAUGACGAUAAAACUGUUGUUGUUGUCACAGUGAUAACUGCAUCUGGUGAGGAUAACAAACUUAAAAAUCAAGAUGGCAUCGAAAGAUCCUCCGAGCAAACAAAUUUGGAAUCGAGCUCUUCUUCUGACGCAUCGGACAGCCAAACCGCCCAGCAAUCAAAUUCGGAAUCGAGCUCUUCUUCUGACGCAUCGGACAGCCAAACCGCCGAGCAAUCAAAUUCGGAAUCGAGCUCUUCUUCUGACGCAUCGGACAGCCAAACCGCCCAGCAAUCAAAUUCGGAAUCGAGCUCUUCUUCUGACGCAUCGGACAGCCAAACCGCCCAGCAAUCAAAUUCGGAAUCGAGCUCUUCUUCUGACGCAUCGGACAGCCAAACCGCCGAGCAAUCAAAUUCGGAAUCGAGCUCUUCUUCUGACGCAUCGGACAGCCAAACCGCCGAGCAAUCAAAUUCGGAAUCGAGCUCUUCUUCUGACGCAUCGGACAGCCAAACCGCCCAGCAAUCAAAUUCGGAAUCGAGCUCUUCUUCUGACGCAUCGGACAGCCAAACCGCCCAGCAAUCAAAUUCGGAAUCGAGCUCUUCUUCUGACGCAUCGGACAGCCAAACCGCCGAGCAAUCAAAUUCGGAAUCGAGCUCUUCUUCUGACGCAUCGGACAGCCAAACCGCCGAGCAAUCAAAUUCGGAAUCGAGCUCUUCUUCUGACGCAUCGGACAGCCAAACCGCCCAGCAAUCAAAUUCGGAAUCGAGCUCUUCUUCUGACGCAUCGGACAGCCAAACCGCCCAGCAAUCAAAUUCGGAAUCGAGCUCUUCUUCUGACGCAUCGGACAGCCAAACCGCCGAGCAAUCAAAUUCGGGAUCGAGCUCUUCUGAAGCAUCGGACAGCCAAACCGCCGAGCAAUCAAAUUCGGCAUCGAGCUCUUCUGACGCAUCGGACAGCCAAACCGCCCAGCAAUCAAAUUCGGAAUCGAGCUCUUCUUCUGACGCAUCGGACAGCCAAACCGCCGAGCAAUCAAAUUCGGAAUCGAGCUCUUCUGACGCAUCGGACAGCCAAACCGCCGAGCAAUCAAAUUCGGAAUCGAGCUCUUCUUCUGACGCAUCGGACAGCCAAACCGCCGAGCAAUCAAAUUCGGGAUCGAGCUCUUCUGACGCAUCGGACAGCCAAACCGCCCAGCAAUCAAAUUCGGAAUCGAGCUCUUCUUCUGACGCAUCGGACAGCCAAACCGCCGAGCAAUCAAAUUCGGAAUCGAGCUCUUCUGACGCAUCGGACAGCCAAACCGCCGAGCAAUCAAAUUCGGAAUCGAGCUCUUCUGACGCAUCGGACAGCCAAACCGCCGAGCAAUCAAAUUCGGAAUCGAGCUCUUCUUCUGACGCAUUGGACAGCCAAACCGCCGAGCAAUCAAAUUCGGGAUCGAGCUCUUCUGACGCAUCGGACAGCCAAACCGCCGAGCAAUCAAAUUCGGGAUUAGAUAGCACUUCUUCACUUGAUAAGGACCAGAGUACGGUAAAUUCCAAUGGUAUCACUCGUCAGUGUACAUGCUAUUAGAUACCGUUCCAAAAAUCCUACCCUCAUAAUUCAAGAAGCUUCUUUUGGUAACUCAACUCCCGUCAAAGCUAGUAUCGUUUUGAACGGCAUCUCUUAUUCUGAUGAAAGCAACAGUUCAGAAAACAACGAUCUCUUGGAAGUUUUUUCAUUAUGUUUAUUUGUAAUGCCAGUAUUUACUGUACAUAAGGACACUAGCAAUGUGGGAACCAGAGAAACCAAAACAGUAGCCGUAUUGGAUGUUUAAACUGUUGAUAUAUCACCCUGGACGGAUUAAUUUUGAGCACGAUCCACUUUCUGUGUAUAACCACAUGCAUUGUACGUAUCGGUUAUUAUUCGUAAAUAAAUAUUUACUAUUUGGGUUUGCAAAAAUA